AUGGCAUCAAGUCCUUUUCUGGCGAUCAGAUGUUUAUUCGCUUUAGCCGACGAACAUCAAGAAACUUAUCCUGAAGCAGCAAAUAUCAUACGCAAAUCCAUGUAUGUGGACGAUCUGCUAUUUGGAGCAUCGUCAAAGGAGGAAGCGAUUCGACUAGCUAAUGACAUAUCGCAUAUCUUAUCAUCGGGGUGCUUCGACCUACGCAAGUGGAUGUCCAACGAUUCUCAAAUACUUGAGAGGAUUGGAGUCUCUGACGAUGAUCAUUCAUUUGUCAAACUCGACGAAACGAAAACUGUUAAAACGCUAGGAUUGUCAUGGUCAUGUACUGAUGAUGCAUUGAUCUAUCAUGUCAAUUCGGAAACAGACUCAGAGGUCAUUACUAAACGAAUCAUAUUAUCGUUCACAUCACGAUUAUAUGACCCAUUGGGACUACUCGGUCCUUGUAUAAUUAUCACAAAGAUCAUGUUGCAGACCUUAUGGAAAUUGAAAGUGUCAUGGGAUGACGUACUGUCGGAUGAUUUACAGACCAAAUGGUCACACUUCGUCAAAGAAUUAAUUUUACUCAACAAGUUUAGUAUCCCUCGGCAAGUUUGUUGUUCACGACCACAACAUAUUGAAAUUCACGGUUUUUCAGACGCCAGCGAGGCUGCGUAUGGAGGAUGCGUGUAUAUACGUUCGAUCAAUGAAACAGGAUCAACGUUCACAAGAUUACUGUGUGCCAAAUCUAAAGUUGCACCACUGAAACCACUUACAAUCCCUAAACUUGAGUUAAGUGCUGCACAUCUUCUCACGAAACUGGUAACUAAAGUCAAGGCAGCUCUCAGCGUGCACAUUAAUUCUGUGUAUUAUUGGACUGAUUCCACAAUCGUUCUUAGUUGGUUACGACUUGAACCACAUCGGCUUCAAACGUUUGUGCGUAACAGAGUAGCGGAAAUACAAACUCAAUCCUCGAUAGACAACUGGAGGCAUAUUGCAUCAGCAGAUAAUCCAGCUGACUUGCUGUCGCGAGGAGUAUUCCCAAAGACGUUAAGUCACACAAGACUAUGGUGGCAUGGACCAGAAUGGUUAACAGAAACCGAGGAUGACUGGCCCACACAGAAUAAUCAGGUGAUCGCGGAUUUACCUGAGGUAAAGGAAUUAAGUUUGAGGGGCAAUACGUUGCAUACGAUAACCAAAGUACCUCUCAUUGACUUUCAAAUUUAUUCCAAACUGGAGAGAUUAGUGAGAAUUGUGGCUUUCUGCCAAAGGUUUAUUAACAUAAAGGUAUAUAAAUUACCAGGAAAGGGUCCACUCAGCGCAGAAGAAAUUCGUCAAUCAACACUCGCAUUAACAAGAUUAGCGCAGAUGGAUUCGUUCUCAGAAGAGAUUCGUACAUUAUCUACAGGUAAAACGUUAGGAACGCAAAGCAAGAUUUUGAAUUUGAACCCUUUCAUACAUCAUGACCGUACGCUUCGAGUGGGAGGACGUUUGAAACAUUCAAAUUUCGAUUUCGAUAAGAAGCACCCAAUGAUACUCGACGCCAAGCAUCCAUUCACAAGGCUCAUCUUUGAAAGCGAACAUCGACGAUUGCUGCAUGUGGGUCCUCAGACGUUAUUGGCACAUACCAGAGAACGGUAUUGGACAAUCGCCGGACGCAAUUUAGCUCGGCAAGUCGUACACCAGUGUGUCAGAUGUUUUCAUUGCAAUCCCAAGGGAAUCACACCACAAAUGGCGGAUUUACCACUGGAUCGUGUCUCACCGGCUCCUGUUUUCUCUAAUGUUGGCACAGACUACGCUGGACCUUUCAACAUAAAGGAUCGCAAGGGAAGAGGAUGCAAAACUUCUAAAGCAUAUGUAUGUUUAUUCAUAUGCAUGGCGACGAAAGCCAUACAUCUGGAAUUGGUGGCAGACCUUACCAUGGAAAACUUUAUUUUGGCUCUACGUAGAUUCGCAUCUCGUCGUGGACGACCCAAUAAGAUUGCGUCUGACAAUGGCACUAAUUUUGUUGGAGCUUAUUCGGAGCUACAGCGUCUCGGAGAAUUUCUUGUGUCCCACGAGAGCGAAUUGCAAGAUCGUUUGGUAACAGAAGGGAUUAACUGGAACUUCAUACCCGCCUAUUCACCACAUUUUGGUGGAAUUUGGGAAGCAGGUAUAAAGUCCACGAAGCAUCAUCUUAAGCGAGUCAUCGGAAAUGCACUAUUAACUUAUGAAGAAUUUUAUAGCGUGUUGGUCCAGAUUGAAGCCAUUUUAAAUUCUAGGCCUCUUUCCCCUUUGUCGACCCACCCACUAGAUUUACAACCGCUCACCCCGGCUCAUUUCAUCAUCGGACGAACAAUGACAACGGUACCAUGUCCAAAUCUAACGGAUAUCAACGAGAACCGUCUUUCCCAUUAUCAGCGAAUACAGCAGGUACAACAAAAUUUUUGGAAGCGAUGGUCUAAAGAGUUUAUUUCCGAGUUACAGCGCCGCACCAAAUGGAAAACCAACAUAGGUACAUUGAAGAUUGGCGAUUUAGUACUGGUGAAGGAAGAUAACGCUCCUCCUUUGCACUGGCGACUUGGCAGAGUCAGCGAAUUACACCCUGGAACCGAUUCCAUAACACGAGCAGCCACAAUUCGUACAGCAAAGGGUUUUAUUCGUCGGGCUACAGUCAAAUUAUGUCCGCUACCGUUAGAAGUUUCGCCCACGGAUCCAAUUCACUGA